AUGGAACUUAUAAAAAUUGAAGAUAAAUUUAAUAACUAUAAACAACACAUUUUAGAAUUAGAAGACAAUAUAUACAUAAUAACAACAACUCUUGAUUUUAAGGGACAUGUACAACUAUCCUAAUUUGUUAUCAAUUACAAAACUAAAGAAAUGUUAUAAAAAAAGUAACUCAAUAUUUAGUUCAAAAUGUCUUUAUUUAUACAAACUUCUAUGACUGGAUAUUAUACUAUAAAUGGUAUGCUUGGUUGUUUAAUUGGUAUUCAUAAUGGAAGACUCUUUUAAAUAAGAGAUAAUAAAGUUGAUGAAAUUUGUAUAAGUGCAAUGGCAAUUAAUCAAAUUGAAUUGAUAUCAGAUUCAUUAGCAUUAUUGAGUUCUGAAAGUGGAUAAAUCAAUUUAUAUGAUAUAUAUACUCAAACUACAAUAUUCUUGUUUAAUGAAUAUUUAAGUACUCCACUUAAGUAUUUUCGUAUUAGAUAUUUUUAUGAUACUAUAGUAUAAGGUAAAUAAGAUGGUUAAAUGACAUACUUUAUUUUUAAUGAGAAUAUGAAAUAGAUUCUUGCUAAUAGAGAUAAAAAUAUUCAGAUGAAUAAAUUUGUAUAAUAUUAAAAUAUACUUAUUUCUCAACCUAAUUGUAGACUUUAUGUUACAGGUUAGAAAUUAUUGGAUUUUGAAUUAUAUGGAGAUGUAAUGAUAAUUUUAGUUGAACAUCAAAUUGAAUAUUUAUUAAUUGAUGUAAAGAAUUAGGAAUACAUUCGAUUAAGAGUGUUCCAAAUUACACAUAAUAUAACAUCUUUUUAAGUAUGCAAUGAUUCUUUAAUAUUAUAUAAUGAAUCAAAUGUUUUUAGUAUGGAUAUGAAUAAAGGAGAAAUAAGAAAUUAAUUAGAUUAAAAAGGAACAUUUAUGAAUUUACUUACAUAUGUAAAAGACAAUAAAAUUUUAUAUAAAUGA